UUCUGUGCGGACGGUUUUGAAAAGGAGCACCUCUUAGGUUUGACAUUUCGUUGUUGUUUCAUAGUUUACAUUUAAAUAAUCGAAUUUCUCUGGCACUCUUUGUUAUCAGCUGUCUUUAGGUCUGCAUCGAGUUCAUCAUGAAUGUGAAUCAAGGCACCGUCGGCAGUGAUCCGGUGAUACUCGCCACCGCUGGAUAUGAUCAUACUGUCAGAUUCUGGCAGGCUCACAGUGGCAUCUGCACGAGAACCGUCCAGCACCAGGACUCUCAGGUAAAUUCCCUUGAAGUGACACCUGAUAGGAGCAUGAUUGCUGCUGCUGGUUAUCAACACAUACGCAUGUAUGACCUAAACUCAAAUAAUCCAAACCCUGUGAUCAAUUACGACGGUGUCAGCAAGAACAUCACGUCUGUUGGCUUCCACGAGGAAGGGCGGUGGAUGUACACGGGGGGAGAAGACUGCAUGGCUCGCAUCUGGGACCUAAGGUCAAGGAAUCUACAGUGCCAAAGAAUAUUUCAAGUCAAUGCACCUAUUAAUUGUGUGUGUCUUCAUCCCAAUCAGGCUGAAUUAAUUGUUGGGGACCAAAGUGGUGUUAUCCAUAUCUGGGAUUUGAAAACGGACCACAAUGAACAGCUCAUCCCAGAGCCAGACGUGUCCGUCAAUUCAGUCCAUAUCGAUCCUGAUGCCAGUUAUAUGGCUGCAGUCAACAGCUCAGGCAACUGUUAUGUGUGGAAUUUGGCUGGAGGAAUCGGCGAUGAGGUGACACAACUGAUACCUAAGACCAAGAUCCCUGCUCACAAACGCUACUCAUUACGCUGCAAAUUCAGCCCAGAUUCCACAUUGUUGGCCACAUGCUCUGCUGACCAGACCUGUAAAAUCUGGAGAACCUCCAACUUCUCUCUGAUGACCGAGUUGAGUAUAAAGAGUAACAACCCAGGAGAGACGUCCCGAGGCUGGAUGUGGGAUUGUGCCUUCUCUGGAGAUUCACAAUACAUAGUUACAGCCUCCUCGGAUAACCUUGCACGUCUGUGGUGUGUGGAGACCGGAGAGAUCAAACGGGAGUACAGCGGCCAUCAGAAAGCCGUGCAGGAGUUGUAACAAGAGUUGCAAUCUGGAGUGAGCUUUAGAGCCAAGUCACGUUCAUACACCACUGGAAAGAUGGGGCUAAAUACAAGAGAGGAUGAAGAUAAGGAUCCAGCAGAUAAUCACAAGAAGAUUCCACCUUAAAAUGGCAUUUGUGUAGCCUCUCCAGAUUCUCUCAUUGAUGUGAAUGCAUUUGUUUGUUUCCCUGGCGUGUGCUGGUACACCGUCAAUGGAAUGUCACUCUGGCAAGUAGUAGAAGCACACAGAAACCCAAAUGUUGCUGGGAAAGCAGAUGUCAGUGCAGAAAUAAAUAAGUUUUAAGUUUUAA